GGUUGGCAAUACCUCUCUCAACAUAACGACAUAACUGGACAUAACCUACAACGUUGUGUACAUUGCAAACUAGUUAUUUGGGUGAAAAUUUACAGAAAUGUGUUUUAAUUCAUCAUUUGUUCAAGCUUCAUUGCAAUAAUUAUUGUAAAUAAUGGAAUCCUCACCAGAACGAGAACCGGAGAAAGCAGUGUCACUGCCAGAACUUGUUAUUCUUAAAAGAGAACAGUUCACUACAGAAGAUUACAUGGCUGAAGAUAAUUUACCAAAAGACAAUUUGGAGGCUCCUUGCUCUGAAGACAGCACGUGCACAAUGAAACCCGCUACGAAAUCGGCUUCAAGAAAACGAAAAUAUGUUUUCAACACCGAUAAUGCAGUACCAAAAAAAAUCGGAAAGUUUUAUUUUAUAAAUGACCAAACAACGAAGCCCCGGAGAUCAAAAAUAACGAAAUUUAAAGCAGCUGCACCAGAAAGACAGAAAAGUUUCUCAAAGAAAAGGCAUAAAUUGCAUUAUACGAAAGUGGACAGCAGUGGAAAUAUGUAUUUAAUGCAUCGCGUGCAUUCCAAGUCAGAUUUAUUUUUUAAUGAUGAGAAAAAGUGCAGUUAUGAAUCUUUUAAAAAGCUAGACCUGGCGUUUCACAUCGUGGACGAAAUUGCACUAGAAGGCCUAGAUGGAAUUACCCUUGAAGCAUUUUGGAAACGUUUAAAAAAUGUAUUUCCAAAUUACAUUAGUAAAAGUGUGGCGGAUAAAAUUUGGAGGGUUAUUUGCAAUAAUAAAAGAAUAAAUUUUUACGUUUUGAAGGAACCCCGAAACGAAUUAGUUUUUUUUGAUCGAUGUAAAUAUUUGGAUAUUGAUUCAGGCAUGUUUGUUGAACCAUUUAUGGAAUACAACGAUAUUUAUCCCUUUGCAUCAGUUAACGGCACUGAAAUUAGAGGAUCUUGUUCAACUUUUCACACAAGAAAGGAGAAUAACGGGGUCCGAAAAUUUUCGGUGGACAAAGCUAUUAAGUUGUAUGACCAAAAGCUAGUUUUCAUGGCAGAUCAAUCCUUGCGAAGCAAGGCCCUGAUAAACGAAGAAGCCGACCCCAACAUAGAACUACAGGACGUUGAAUACUGUAUGUUGGAAAAAAUCGGACGUUCUCGAGACCAGGGUGAAUUCACCCAAAGCAAAAUGUCGCUACCUCAUGACGUUAAAAAGGUUUACCACAACAGAAAAGUGUUACUACAACACUACCUGAUUGCGCACCAAAGUUUCUGUUUAAAAUCGCUACCCAUGCGACAAAAUAUUUCCGGCGGUUUGAUACAUCUGUCGCGAUUUUAUCGCAAACGCAAGACAAAACAGAUCGCAAUCAUGGAAAGGGUUUCCCAUAUUCUUAAAUCAAAACCCAACAAUCAAAUCGAGUUGAACGAGUUCCGAAAAAUUUUUGGACGAAAUAUUUCUCUUGUGAAGUUGAUAAAGACAGCGGAUUUCAGGAAGUUUUUUAAAUUAUAUAUUUUUCCAUAUAGAAAGUUGUACCCUAAUGCUACAAAGCAGGAAUAUUUAAAUAAAAAUAAGUUGAAGGAAAGGGAUGUAAAGGUUUUGCGAAUGAUAGACCCAUACGCGAAUGUAACGGCUCUUAUGGAUGCUAAAGAUUCAAAAGAGAUAUCGCACGAGAAGACAGAUAAUUCGCCGGGGUAUAAAGUCAUGAAUUAUGAAUAUUUGCGUCAAAUUUUUUUGUAUAUAUUGUCAUCUGAGCAAGUUGGAGUGACAAUUCAAGAGAUCCAUGAUCAUUUCAAAACUGAUUUUUAUACAGUAAGACUCGCCGUACGAAAACUCCUCGUGAGAAAUGUUAUUAGAAGCAGUAAAAUCGAUUUGGGGCGGCAACAGUCUCUCAAGUUUUUCGCAAAAUGCUACGCCGUUGAUGAUUGUCACAUCCAAAUGCAGCCGAAAGUUUACGAACUAAGUGACGAAACGAUCUCUCGAGUUUUAAAAAAUUACGACCACCAAGGCAAAUACGAGUGUCCUUCCGAACCCGAAACUCCACCAAUCCCAGCUCAGACUCACUUCAAACUAAGUUUUGAACCGUUCUGCUGCACGUCAUUUUUAACUGAAACGGUUGAUUCCUACUCGGAAGAAUUGACAAUCUACGACAUCGUAAGCAAAGGCCGGGACAAAUUAUUACUGAUCGAGAGCAACAUAUCCACUUACUAUAUGAGCGAAUGGGACGACUUCUUUUUAAAAAGAGAAGAUUUCUUUAAAUCAAUCCAGUUAUUCCAGAACGGUUUCGGUAAAGUCAUUUACAAUUUUCUAAUGACGGUGUGUCUAAACGAGAGCCUCCAAGCCGACAACGAGAUAGUCUUUGCAAUAAAUAACAUCGCGAGUGACGGUAAAAUUCGCUGCCAUUUCAACCCCCACCGGAUGAUUAACAUCCCUAGAAACUUCACCAGUGCGCAUAGCGACAAUUAUCACCUUGACGCCAUUUCGAAAAUUUACAUUCUCGAAGCGAUGUUAAGCGAAUGUCACAAACCAAACCACUGCGUUGAACAAAUAAAGAGCGUGUUUGAACGUUUCAUGCUUUUUUUGGGCAAGAGAAAACGUAAAAACGACGAACCUACUAAAGCCGAGCCGAAAAUCGAGGUCCAAGUUUCCAGUAAUGUGGUAAUGGAGAAGUAUAUGGGUGCCACUCCUACCGUGGAGUGGUGUGGUCAAGAUGCGGAGAUCACGGUUGAAGUUUUCGCGUCCACGAAACCAAAGGAAAUUCGUGCUCCUGGUAGUAUGUUCUCGACCGAUGACGUCAACGUUACUCAGCGAUAUAUAAACCGGGCUAACUUGAUUUUGUCCACGGUAUAUGAACAGAAAGUGGUCCCCGACGUUUGGACUUUGUAUAAAGAUGUAGUAAAAGAGGAGGGAGAGGAGGGCUACGAUAAGAAAGCUUGUAGGAAGUCGAUUGUUUCAAUUAUCACUAGAUUGGUUGCCGAGGGUUACAUAAAAUGCUACAAAAUUAUCAUGAACGGGAAGAACAUGACCAAAACUCAGAGCUUUAUGUGUGUUCAUGAAGUAGGGCACAAUCAUGGUACGAUUUUGUCGAAUAUAGAGCAUUUGAAACUUAAAUUUUACGUGGGGGGUUCGCACACCCAGAAAACUGUCUCUAUAAAAAAGAAAAAGGAAUCGCCUUUUAGUAACACCGAUGUUCGAGAUAGUAUUAGUGAAUUGAAACAGUUGGCUGGUACACACAUGGCAACUGGUUUGAAAGUUGAUAAAACCAAGGGGAAAAUAUAUGGCUACACUCCGAAAUUUGUUAGGAUGAGGGUGCUGCACGAGCACUUGUUUUACGUGAUUCGUGAAAUGACAGAGUGUGACUCUUUAACUACCCAACAAGUCUUCGAACUUUUUAAAAAUUCGAAAAUUAAAUUGUCACCGACUGAGAUAUCAGAAAUGCCUCCUAUCUAUCGCAAUGAAGUCAGCUGGAAAAUGUUUAUACCUUGUAUGCCACUGAACACGCACAGACCUAAAGGGUGGGCUCUAGCUUGUGAUUUUGUUUUAAGAAUGCCUUUGUCAGUGUUUGUCAAGCUAUAUAACAUUCAGUACGACAUACCCGAACUCGAAACCUACCUUCACCACCCAAUCAAGAAACAUUACUUGUUGAGGUACUUACCACCAACGGUCAGAAAUAUUCUGCUUCAUAGACGAAAGUACUUUCACAGCAUCUAUGAAACAAUUUGCAACCUCUGUUACGUAGGAUUAGUACAAUUAGGACCUCGCAGCGUCAAAGAAAAAGAUCAGAUCUUCGUGUAUCUAAAUUCUAAAGCGACUUUGUUCGACACUUGUAGCAGCAAACCCGGCUAUAACCACAUUGAAGACAAAAAGUACAAAAAAAUCUCCAUCGAAUUCAAAACGGGGAACGAUAUCGAAAUCUACUGGUCCGAAAUGUUGAGGAUUUGCAUGAACACACAACUCGGAAGGAGAAAAAUUCUGGAUGGCCAAAUUGUCACAAUUGAAGAGUGUUCGUCAAAACCUGCGAUGUUCGAGACUUUGAGAGCAAAGCAAUUCGAUGAAGCUGUGUCAAAUGACAAUGGAAUGAUCCCUGGGGAUCACAGAGGUGCCGCAGGCUUUGAUUCCUCUGUUUGGUCUUUCGUUAAGCGCAACUGGGUGUGGAAUGCCACCAAGGAAAAGGGACCUCCAGCACCAGUCGUCAAAAAAGAAAAAAUCGAUAUAGCUUUACCAGAAGCUAUUCAGUACGAUCUUGUCGCCAAAGGGGGUCCUCCCGAACGUAAGAUCUAUUUAAAGAAGAAGUCGAAGAAAAAGGUGGCGAAACCGACGGAGGUGAAAAGAUUUUCGAAGAAGAAAUUUAUGAGGAAAAUUACAGCACCAAAGAAAAAGAGGAUGAGGGAGUAUUAUGAUGCUAUUGAUCGUUCAAUAAUGAAGAAAAAUCCGGGAAUAAAGGUUACUUGGACGGAAGAAGAAGAUCAAUUGUUGCGUUAUUGCAGAAUCGCGUGUGUUUUUCUUUGCCCUGUUUCCAAAAAACAGUUUAUUCCGUAUAAUAUUUUAAGGGAUGUUUUACACCAGAUUCACCCACCGAGUAAAAAUAAAACAGCGAGAGCGAUCCAGAGGAGGAUCUACGUCCUGUUGACUCACGAUGAAAUUUUAAAAAACAUGGAGACGAACGUUGAGAAUCUUCUGAAUUCAGAUUCAAUUUCUAAAUAUUUCGAGCAAAUCCACAAUCGGUACAAAAACGGGAAAAAAUUAAGCGAUACCCAUAUUUACAUCGCGUUUGUUUAUUUAAUGUCGUACAUUUGUAAACAUAAAAGGGAAGUGGAAUUACUACUCCUGGAUUACUUUACGAGUUUCGAUUUCUUUUCCGAUGUUAAUAUAGCGGAUUUCGAGCCGCUUUUACAAAGCUGUGAAGAUACAACCAACGCCAUUAUUUACACCGCCCCUAAAACCGUCGAAGAUAUAACUAAAGACACGAUUAAGUCAGUUGUGCAUUGUUCCAUGGCUUGCAGAAAAAACACCAGUGGAUGGAUUCUACUCCUUUCACGGAUAUACAAAAAGUUCCAAGAUGAUCUCGUGCGAGCCGCUGAAAUCAGUUUAAAGAAACACCAAUUUUUCGUCCACAACAAAAGCGCCGAGGUCAAAACCAUAAACAAUCCCUGGCCGAGCCCAAUCAAGUUUUCGCAUGUUUACAACGUCAUGAAAACACCCUCCUAUACACCAGAAAUGUACAAACGGGGCUUCAAAAACUUCGCCGCCUUGAUUACAAGAAAAACCGGGGCCGAAGUACCCAAGUUUUUGGAGUGCAACGAACUGAACAGCUUCUGGGAGAAAAUCAACUUCGUUUUUGACGUUCCCGAAAUGGGGAUAAUUAUGAAUCCAGAAAUUGAAGAUCACAGCGAAGUAAUCGAAGAACUGGCAAAGCGCUUCCAAAUUUACCUGGAUCAAAUAUACCGAAAAAACAACGGACCCCAGAAAAGUUCGCUGUCAUCGGUAGAUAAAGAGAGCCCCCAUCAAGUGGAAAAAAACAUCGACGAGAUAAAAGACGAAGUCCGGCAUUUGAUUUUCAGAGUACCGUAUCUGCUGGAGGGGAAUCUCGACAUGUGCUUCAGGAAAAUGCUCGAUAGUAAUAGUAUUUUGGAAAUUAGUAACUAUAUUUUUCUGAUGAUCGUCGAUUUGAAGAAAUUCGCAGAAACCAGCAUCUCGGUGGAAGACUUGAGGCGUUUUGUUGACGAAAUUGAAGAUGAUGUGGUGGAUGACCACCAGAAGCUUAUGACUAGUCUUUCGAAGAUAGUUUUUGCGAUACAAAACAUCCAUCAGUCUCAGUUGGAGCAGGACCAAAGUUCUUUUGAAGAAGUGUUCAAACUGUGGGAAGCUGAAGUUUGGGAUGAAGUUCGAAUUGAAAAAGAUGAAGAUACUAGUGGCGGUCGGAAGCCUCUUUUCACUAAGAAUUACGCUAGUGGAAUGGAACAUUCCAUAAAGCAAGCACAAGAGGGCGAUUUUCCUUCGCUUGAAGAAAUCAAAGAAGGGAUAAUGUCAGAAGUUGCAAACUCUGAAGAACGGAAGAUUCCUCACAUUACUGAUUUAAUUAUGUUGUUGAAUGAAGAUAGAUUUCCACACUUGGAUACAGAUGUGGAAACGAUUGAGAGAAUGAAAGACCAUUUUGUCAUGCAGUAUCCAAAGUUGGAAGAGUUUGUGGUUGAAGAUUUAGAACAAAUGAUGGAACUUGAUGUGAUACAAAAAUUAACGGAUGAUUCGAUUGUUGAAGUUGUUAAACAGAAAACAGACAACAUUGUCGGACCGUGCCAGUUGGAUCGUGUUAUUAAGUAUAUACGAAGUCGAGGUGGAUCCGAAGAUGAUGUUAAGGUCGUAGAAGACAUGGUUAAUUUUAUAAGAGAAAAGAAAGAAUUUGGGACCUCUGGUAGGGAAUUAAAAAUUAACUUUGAGCAUAAGAUGAGUUUAAGUCUUGUGGAUAUAUUACACUUUUUGGACGAAAUAAAUGUGAUUUUAAGAACAGGCGUGGUCUCGAUUGUUUAUGUCUAUCAUGAGUACCAGUCUGAAUGGUUAGUUGAAACAUUUUUGUUGAGUCCAAAGGAGAGAGAAAUGCUGGAAUCGAAGCAGAAACAAGAAAUAGAGAAGAAACUGAAGAAUAUGAUUGGAGAAAAAAUACUAUCGUCGGAUCCGCGAAAAGUGCAACUAAAGCCCUGGACUCAUUUGGACGGUUCUAUAAACGACGAAGUUUUCCAUGGGUGGUUAGCUUCAAUACUUUGUCGUUGUACAGAUUUUCCCAACAUCCCAUUCAUGGUUUUGUGUGAACAUUUCCAUUAUAUCAAACCUGUAGACAUGUAUUUAUUACUAGAGAUCUUGGAAGCACUUGGAUGUGUUGAUAUUUACGUACUAAAGACUGAAGAGAAGGGCCUUUUUUCAGAGAGACGUGUAGUUGCUGAAUGUAAAGCUACUUGCCUGGAUAAAUUUGAAGACAUGUUUGUAAGACCGACAAAUGUGGCAGGAUUAUGUUUUGGGUCUUUCCUGGAUAAAGUUCUUUUAUAAUAAGACUAAGGUGAUAAAAUCGUUUACUUUUGUCUUCAUGUAUAUAAUAAAAAACUUGAAGUUGA